AUGACAUAUAACUUUGCCGAAGAGCUAAGAAAGGUAAUGAAUAGUAGCGAAGUAAGAGGAUAUUGUCAGACAAGAGGACGCGAGGGAGGAGGGGUGUGUAGAUUAAAUAAACAAGAUGCCCCCCCCGAGCCUGUGAAUGAGUGGCAAUAUGACAAAAACGGGGAUUGGAAUCAAGUAAAGAAUAGAGGAAGUCUCUAUCUGUUAAGUGGAAUAAUAUGUAGGGAAAUAGAACUAUGGCUUAAUGGGUUAUGGAAGAGCAAGAGCGAAGGGGGAAAGAUAAAACUGCGGGGGUGUUCAUAUGAGGAAUACAAAAGGAGCCUUACCAGCGCGCGAUGCCACGAGGGAGAUCAGAGAAAGAACUCUCUAUUAGAGUGGAGCGAGUUUGGAUCAAGGGACAUAUAUUCCCCAAUAUAUCCGAGCCAGAAGUCGUUUAUGAUCUGUUUGGAUAUAGUAAGGAUAAUCUUAAUGAUAUUAGCAACUCCUGAAAAAGCAAGCAAAGAGAAAGAAACAUCGGGCAACAUGGGGAACCUAUGUAGGCGUAUAUACCACGAGUUUAACGAUUGGGGAGGAGAGGCCAUGGCAAGGAAAUUGAUGAAGAGAUGGUUUAAGGUCAAGACCAAAAAGAGAAGGUAUCAAACCAGCCUCAUUCUCCCAGGGGGAACAUUAUAUGACGCAGUUAGAGCGAGUAUCUUAAACAGAAGGGCGGGGCAGGGGGGGUUGGUGUGUGUUGUCAGGGAGGAAAAGCCAAGGAAACUUGAAAGAUCCCGAGCAAACGAGCCUCUCCGUGGACCAAUAGAGUACCACACAGAAAGAAGAGGAUCCCCACAAAGGGCGCCCGACGGGGAAGACUUAGUGAAGGCAAUAGGAGCACUGGACGGGACAACAAUAAGAAAAAGGCAGGAGGAUUUGGAGGGGAGAUACAGGACGCGGGGAAUUAAGGUGAGGUUUAGUAAGGAGACACACCUGUUCGGAGCAGUGAUAGGAGUCUUAUUGGCAGCGGCGGGAAUAUAUGGAGUCUAUAACACAAUGAGAAGACAAACAAUCCGAAACUACAGGAGAGGUCAAAGGAGCAAGUUCGUCUUCCACCAGAAGAGAGAUCUAAAGAAGAACACUAGAGAAGGUAAGGAGCUAGAAUUCCAAAGGGUACCACAUUUGAAGUUUACGGUGUAG